CCUACCUUUUAGACAAAAAACGAAAAAGAACAGAAAGAGAAAGUGGUGUGUGUGUGUGUGUGUGUGUGUGUGUGUGUGUGUGUGUGUGUGUGUGUGUGUGAGAGAGAGAGAGAGAGAGAAUGUCUAAUGUGUACACUGCCAUGGAUGGUGUAUCAUGGUCAGGAGCAGAGAUGGUGUACGUGGUAUCUUCCAGGAUGAAGCGUCAAGUGGAAUGGUAUCUUGUAUUGGAAAAGUGUGAGGAAGCUAUGGGUUAUGCUAUUAUGACCAUUUUUAUGACGGUCUUGGGAGGUUUUGGACAGGACAUGACCUUCAAAGUGUUCUGGAUCUUUUCUGGGACUGUCUUGACGGAACUUGCGUCGAAGAUUCUUCGCCGUUCUAUAUACAAAUAUUAUUUUGAGAGCAUCCCCUGCUUGCAAGUGUCUACCUCCCAGCGAACCUCAGAGAGAUUCAAGUUUGGGUCCAUUGAAAUCCUUGAGGGCAGAUUUCGGGUUAACUUCCGCUAUGUCUUUUUCACUGCCCUUGCCCGUCUCAUGGUUUUGGUGGCUCAGUUGUUCCUUGUAGUGGGUAUCUGGAGGGAGCGGAGAGCAGUCCAUCAUUCGAGGCAUGACCCCGAGAGUGCUGAUUCGCGAGGAGCACACCGUCUGAUGGAGUGUUUGACGCCAUGUUUCUCAUCCCUCGUUGCGCACAGUGUGCUUGGGUUUCUUCUCAUUUUUUCCCCUCUCUUGUGCCGCAUCCUCACCUCCUUUUUGUCAGCUCUCCGAUGCCUCACUGGUAUCAGAACUUCAAGGUCCAGACGCACUGAUCCGUGCGGGUCAGGGUGGGGUGAUACUUGUUCCUUCUGCUCAUGGCCUUGGGGCACCGCACCUGGCAAUGACGACGGGCAAGGACACGGGCAGCCUAGACUGAGAUUGAUAAUUGCCAAGCUCCAGGGGCUCGCUAUUGAACGGCUGGAUCGUGCACAGAUCGAGAUGGAGAUGGGUGUGACAUGGUAUGUGCAUUACAGUCGCCAUGGGCAUUUUACGGAAGAGCAAGCUCAGAAAAUGGGAGACCAGUGCGGGCUGCCCGGGUUCUGGUUCCUAGGGCCGGACAAGCUGGUGGAGAUGGUGCAAUCACAUAUGCAUGAAGUUGUAGACGAGGAUAGACAUGCGGCCUCGGCCCAACGUAGGAGCUCAUCGGGGAAGCAACUCAGUAUGGGGCUGCAGUCUCUAGAGAUGAUGUCCAGACCUCAGAUGGCGUGUACUUGCACCGGUUCUGUACACGAUACGACACCCAGUUGCAUGCAGGACCUGCCACACGCUAGCCGCUGCAGAUUCGAUGUCGACGCAUGUCGGGACUUCGCACGAGCCGAAGGUUUCAUUGCGAUGUUGCAGGUUCUGCAAUCUUCUGUUCCUGAUUCGAAUGACGUGGCACUCGCUGCUUCCAUUGUGUCAGGAUUUGCCGUAGGUCUUGCAGUUACCUCCUGGCAGCCUUGUGACGAUCCAACAAACGAGAACUACAUCCAGAAGAUGCUUGAAGACGAGGAUUUCAGGUGUUGCUCAGUUGACUUGCUGAAAUGCCUGUUUUCUCGUCUGAGACACACUGGACCCAAACGCGUUAAGAACAGAAUUGAGGAAGCUGCUGCUUCUGCCAUUUGCUCAUUUGCACGUGCAGCACGCGACAUCUCAGCGCACGCCGAAUACAGCCGGCUUUACCAACCACGUCCUGUAGAUGGACCACUGGUCAUACGACUUGCCAAUUCUUUCACGACCUUGUGCCCGGAAGGUUGGGUUUUGGCCUCACAAGUCCCUGACUUCCAGAGAGCAGAGGAAGUGUGGGUCUCUGCUGUGAAGUCCGUCUUAUGCAGGCAGGAAAACCUCGACACUCUGAUUGAAUGUGCGAGAACGCCGACAACUUCGACAAGCAACCGUAAACAAGGAAGGACAGUAAUUGCCGAUUGUAUCCGAACACUUUCAUGGCUCUACUCAAGACCAAUGAUCACAUGGAACCGUUUCGACAAAAGACAUAGCCGGCAAGCGGGAGAAGGUGGUUCGCAGGCAAACGACGUCCCGGACCUGUCCCCCUUUGCUUCCAUUGCUGGUAUUGAAAUUGCAGACAGACUGCUGUCACUAACCCAACAUGCGAGCAGAGACGAUUACGCAAAGUCGUCUCUCUCACCUUUCUCCAAGCUGCAUUUGGCGAAGAUUAUCGUCUCCCAGCGUAUGCUGCACACGCAGGACGGCUUUUCAGCAGCUGCAGAGCUGACGCUCCAAGUUCUGGCGUACUGGCGAUGCGCUCUGGGGUCCAAAGAGAUCUGUUGGUUGGCCUGCGAAGCUGUCGAGACUCUGCAUGAUCUGUUUGACUUUCCGGAUUUCCGAUUGCAACUGAUUGAGAAAAUCAGGCAAUCUCCACAUCUGCUUGAAUGCCUGGUCUUGAUGCUUUACCAUAAGGUCAGUGUCAUUCGAGCUGUCCGAUUUUCAGAGGGUGCAUUAUCACAGGACUUCAGCAAAUUCUGCGAAAAAAUCCUUACGAAUUUACAGAAUCCCCUCAGGAGGGAUCAAGAAGGAGGCAUCCACGUGUGGAGUGCAAAAAAUGAGGUAACAUUCAACGCCUGGCCGACUUCUGCAUCUGGACUUCUAUGGAAGAUGUAUUCAGAGAAUGAUUCCGCUGACAUCAUGCCAAGGAGCCAAGUGUUUGUCACCGUGUUGCUGACGUCCCUGGCGUGGAUCAUGGUCACUGGAGCUAAGCAGAGUCGCCAUCGCCAGGGACCUCGGGCAGGCUCCCCAUGUAAACUUGUUGAACGUUUAAUGGCCCUGUGUGCACUUUCCGUGGAGUCCUUAUGCAAUCCAGCUUGGCGACCGGGGACUAGAUGCUGCCACCUGGAUGUCUGCUAUCUGGAUUGGGAUGAAGGAUGCUCGCUGGACAGACUGCAGGCAAACGUGAAUGCUCUUCUGGCAGCACGUGAUGCAACAAGGAUCAUGCAUUACUUGAUUAAAACGUAUGGAGCAAUGGAAGCCAUCCAGGUUCAUCUGAUAACUACCUGCUUUUCCCCACUGGUGAUGUUGCUCACUGGCCCUCCUCUCGCGUUCGAACCGAAUCUGGGGUUAGAGAAACUGGAAGAGAACUGCCAGAUGGAUAUAAGGGACCAUGCUGCACAGUCGGUGAUCAAGAUUAUUUGUACUAGUAGGGUAAUCCAAACUCUUAGAGGACGUGGCCAGGAAGACCCUCCGCAGGUGGGAGACGCUGACCAUGAUGAUAAACUGCAGUUGGUGAGAAAGGGGAUUCACAAGCUCAGGGACUGGCUUGCAAGACGGCCAGGUGAAAGGACUGAAAUAGAAGAAGAACUCCAUGGACAUGUACAGAAUUUAAAUGUGCAAUCGGCAGCAACCAAUGCUUCACAGCAAUCUGCUGAUGCAGGACGAGGGCAAAGCUUCGCCCGGAGUUUUAGAUGUUCGGGUUGGAUUUCAUCUCAGGUUGUCCUCCGGCGAUGAGCUGAGGCCCUGAGGGUAUCUUAUGCCUAGCCAUUGUACCCACUAGGCCCUAGCAGUAGGGGUUCCAGCACUGUGACAUGAC